AUGACUAAUAUAAUUAUUACUAAUAUUGCUAUUAUUAUGGUUCACACGAUUCCAGCAAAGAUGUUCCGUCGAGUCUUGACCUUGGUUCAGGCGCACUGUAAACUUGGUCUGACAGCCACACUAGUGCGUGAAGAUGAUAAGAUUACGGAUCUUAACUUCCUGAUAGGACCAAAGCUAUAUGAAGCCAACUGGUUGGAGUUGCAGCAGCGUGGCUUCAUUGCCCGUGUGCAGUGCGCAGAAGUUUGGUGUCCGAUGACUGCAGAGUUUUACAGGGAGUAUUUGCAGGUUAGUGGUAACCUCAGAGUCGGAGAGAUCUCUAGAAAUGGACUGUUCCUUUUGAGUUAA